CUCGUAAUAUUUCUAGAGCCGAAAAACACAUCCGCCACCUGAUUCAUCAGAACUACUCGCUCAGGAAGAAAGAGGGGCAGGACUGUUUAUACAUCUGCAAUGGCCAUUGAGCUGCGCUCUGGUGUCAAAUAUGGCUCGUUUUUGUCACUUGCAGUGGUGUUGGUGGCGUAUUGGUUCCGCUCGCCGGACAGCUCGGUUCUGAACGAGAGGCUGGACGCGGUUCUGUCGUCACUGUUGCGCGCAGAGCGGAAAAUAGGAAUGGACAGCGUUUCCAGACCGCGAGUGGCUAUAGGUUUUGGUGGCUGUGUGGAUAUCAUAGUCGAUGGAGUGACUCUGCUGAACAAAAUGGGUUUGAAGCCGACAGACCAGCCCCUCCACCAUGACUACAUCGAGAACACGGAGCAGCUUGCACAGAGUUUCGCUUACUUUUUCUCCCCCGGAGCUGCUUCAGAGAGGUUUGUGAUAAAUGACACGCUCUUCAGUGAGUUGGUAGAGGCUUCUCGAGAGUUACCAGGAAACAGGUGGUCGAUCGGAGGAAAUGCACCUGUCAUGGCCAGCAGGAUGGCUCUGGAAGGAUGUGAUGUGCUUUUAGGCGGCAGUUUCAGCACAGAUUUCACUGAUAUCCUCUCACAGCAUAUCACAGUGGCUGGAAACACAGUGGAUGAACCAGACAUCCACCUGAUCCUGGAGUAUCCCACAGGUGCCACAUGGGGGACGUACACCUCCCGAAGAGCCAACAGGUAUAUUGUUCAUAGUGAUGAUCAUAAUCCAUAUCUGGACUCCAUGGAGCAAUUUCAGGAGAAGCUGAACAACUUCAAACCAGAUCUGCUCGUUGUAGGAGGGCUACAGAUGAUGGACAACUUCCCUUUCAAACGGGGAGAGCGUGAGGCUCUGCUGGGAAAGCUUGCGAAGAUGUUGUCCUCCGCGUCCCCGCAGACCGCUAUCCAUUUCGAGAUGGCCAGCUUCGUAGACGAGAGUCUGAUGUCGGAUCUUUUAGACUUUGUUCUUCCUCACACUGACUCGUUGGGCAUGAACGAGCAAGAGCUGCCUAAUCUCCUGAGCCUUUUCCGCGGCAGCAACUUGACAGUGCUUUCUGACCCCAACCCACGCGUAGCUACAGUGCUGGACCAGAUGCGAGAACUCUACCGGCUGGUAAACCAGCGCCACCAGCAGGCCGGCACGGGUCGGCCGCUCACGCGUCUUCACGUCCACACGCUGGCUUUCCAAGCCAUCAUCGUCAAACGUGGCUCCAAGUGGAAGAACACAAUGUCGGCCACAGCCAAAGCAUCUCUUACCGCCAACCGGCACGUCUGCGGCUCGCCAGACAUCGAUCUCAGUAAAGCGCGGCUGAUCAUGGACGAAUCAUUCUCUGUUAGCAGGCAAGAAGGAAGUCCGAGAAUUCCACUUCAGGAAUCCCGACCCGUUUCGUGCUGGGAUGAGGACGGCUAUGAGGUUUGCGUGGCUCCUGUGCUGGUGUGCACUGAGGUAUACCAGACUGCUGGAGGAGGAGACAACAUCUCAGCCGCUGGGCUCGUACUGCAGAUAUGAGACGUCUUUGUUAUUCUUUUCUUUUCUUUUCUUUUAUUGCUUUAUUUUAUUAUUUUGUGUGAACAACAUCGAGAGAGAUCAUGUGCAAUACAAACAUUGGGUCCAGCUAAUAUAAAGUUGGGUGAAUCUCACAAACCGUGUCAACAACAUCCACAUCUUAUUUCACCCUUAAAUCAACAGAAACCAAUUUAGUUUUUAUGAUUUUUUUAUUGUUAUGUUAAAUAUGUAAAAUAUUAUUUUCUGAACAGUUAAGCAAAUUUUUUUUUUUAUCUAAUUCUCAUUUUUAUACGUUGUCUUUGUGCUGAUUUUUAAACUACAUUAUUUUUUGAUUGUAAAAUAGUAAAAAAAUACUUUAUUAUAGUAAUGAGAAUAUAUAUAGAACAUACAUGAAAAUGUGCUUAAUUUUCAUGAAUAAUCAUUUGUUUUUGUUUUUCCUUUAUGCAAAAUAUAUUUUCUUAUUUUUCCCUUUUGAUUUUUGUGUGAAAUAUGAUCUGGACACUUGAUUAUGAGAUUCACUGAGCUAUCCCAUCUAUAGGUCAUAUGUUUUCAGUUUGUUUUUCUUUUCGUUUAUUUCUAUCCAGAACCUUUAUGUCUUAAAAUGGCUUCGUAAUCAUUCACUUCACGCACUUUAAUCCAACAGGGGCCAGUAAUCUUAAAAUAAUAUGCAAAAGAAAGUUUGAGCACCCAAAACUAUUAUAUUAUUACUGAAAUCGAUCAAUGCUGAUGCACACAGUAGCCUUCUAUGUUAAUGUCAAGUGGAAAUGCAGACAAAUUUAGCAUGACUGAAGCAUUAUGGGGUCCAUAUUUUACCUAACAUUGCUUUCUCCUCAUUGGUCGAAUGUUAUUGCUUCCUUGUUUUAUGCUCUGCCUACUCAAGUCACGUCUUUAUUCUCAUAGCAUCAUCAUAAUCCACUUUAACAAGUGAUUGAGCAGUUACACAGUAUCCCAAACAUGGGAUUCCAUCUCAUAUUCUCAUGUCUUAUUUAUAUCUUUAGCUUAUUUUACAAUACAACGACUGAAUUCAAACACAUGCCACUUUUAAUUAAGGAAGCAUGGCUUUUUAAUUCUAGGGAAGUGAAAUGUUUUAAGAAUAGUAAUUUUAGCUUGUGUGGGUGAAUCUCAUGAAAGCAUCAAGAACAUGUUCCAGUCAUAUUUCUCCCCAAAGUCAAUAGAAAGAAAUAUAUUGUAGUAAUCUCAAUAAAAAAUAAUUGGAAUUAUUAAUACAAUUCAGUUUUAUUUAUUUAGUUCAGACAUGUAAAUAACAUCAUAAUGAAAAAAAAGCAGUGAAGGAGAGGUAUUUAUUUUCCAUUAGCAUUAUAAUAAUCCAUUUAUUUUAUUUUGUUAUUUUAUUGUAUUGUUUGUUAAUUUGUUAUAUAUAUAUAUAUAUAUAUAUAUAUAUAUAUAUAUAUAUAUAUAUAUAUAUAUAUAUAUAUAUAAAAAAAUUUAUGUGACCUGUCCAUGCUUUCAUGAGAGUCACCUUAGUACUCUAAUUAUGUUUGAGUUUGAAUGAAGAACUAUUCUUGAAAUGGAUGUUAUAGGAAGCCUAUACCACUUAUUUCUUUAUAUGCAAAAACUAUCUGCAUGAAUGUAUUUUCAGGAGGAGGAUUCGAAGAACUUUGGCAUAUGGUUUGUAAUCAGAGUUGUGAGUGCCUCUUUAAACAGAUUCAGAAACAUCUAAGCAAAUCACAUCUUCCAUUAGUCACUCUGAGUGCAAAUUAUUACCUACCUCCUGUGCCUAAAAAAAUAUACCCAGCUUAACUGAUGUCAUUCAUGAUUAUAUUGUAUACUUGCAUUUAUUUGCGUGAUGGGUACAUUAGAGAUGCACGUGCAUGCUAGUGUAACACGAUAUUGGACAGGAGAUGGAUGUCCCACCCUAUGAGAGAUAUCAGAGUGAGUGCUUUUAGAUGAUCGUCAGCUGAUAUAUGAAAUAUAUCUCAGGGAUUACAGUACUCUGGAUGUCUAAAAUCCACAACACUUGAGUUUGAACCAAUUUAGCUGUGACAGAGAGCAGCCGGUGUGAUUCUGGAUGAGAUCUGAGCCUGAGGUCCGGCUGAUUUGAAGAAUCUUUAGUGUGAAAAAAAUAGCAAUGGAUUCUUUUGUUAUGAAUGUGAUUCAUGUGUUUAAUCACACCGUAAUAAUACAAGAGUGAUUUAGGUGAUUGAUCAUAAGGGUUUAUGAAGCAAUUGUAGCAUUGGAAUUGUUAAUUACAAUAUGGUGGUAAGAGUGUUGAGUGUUGUUAUGAUGUGCCUUUUGUCUUGGCCAUGUGUGGUCUAUCAGCAACAGCUGUUCUGAAGGGAAACAACUCACUCUGUAUGUAAUAAAAUAAUACAUUCCAUUUACGGUA